AUGACUCAGGAGAGCAGGCUGUUGCCUCCAGUGAAGGUGGCCCUGGGGCGGCUGGUGGGGCCCGUAUGUCAGCCACCUCCACAAAUCCUGCAUGGUGAGCACACCCUCAUUGACAAGGCCAGCUUGUCCCCUGGGCAGGAAGUGUUCUACAGUUGUGAGCCUGGCUAUGACCUCAGAGGGCCUGCCACUCUGCUCUGUACACCCCAGGGGGACUGGAGCCCUGCAGCGCCCAGAUGUGUGGUGAAAUCAUGUGUCGACUUCCUGGACCAACUUCCGAAUGGCCGCGUGGUCCUUCCACUUAAUCUCGAGUUGGGGGCAAAAGUGUCCUUCCUUUGUGAUGAGGGAUUCCACCUAAAAGGCAGUUCUGCUAGUCAUUGUGUCUUGGCCGGAAUGGAGAGCCUUUGGAAUAGCAGUGUCCCUGUGUGUGAACGUAUUUAUUGCAGGCCUCCCCCAGCCAUCGCCCUCGGAGAUUUCUCCAGCAGCAGCAGAGAGUCUUUCCCAUACGGAACGGUGGUGACCUAUCACUGCAGGCAAGCAAGGGGAAGAGAAAAGUUUGUCCUCGUGGGUGAGGAGUCAAUACAUUGCACCAGCAAAGACAAUCAUUUUGGCACCUGGAGCGGCCCUCCACCUCAGUGCCUCAUACCUAAUACAUGCACCCCUCCAGACAUUGAAAAUGGAAUAAGGGUGUCCGAGAACAGAAGCUUCUUCCCCUUGAAUGAGAUCGUGAGGUUGAGGUGUGAGCCUGGCUUUGUCAUGAGAGGACCCUCCAGCGUGCGAUGCCAGGCCCAAAACAGAUGGGAGCCGGAGUUGCCCAGCUGCUUCCGGGUAUGUCAGCCACCUCCACAAAUCCUGCAUGGUGAGCACACCCUCAUUGACAAGGCCAGCUUGUCCCCUGGGCAGGAAGUGUUCUACAGUUGUGAGCCUGGCUAUGACCUCAGAGGGGCUGCAUCUCUGCUCUGUACACCCCAGGGGGACUGGAGCCCUGCAGCGCCCAGAUGUGUGGUGAAAUCAUGUGCCGACUUCCUGGACCAACUUCCAAAUGGCCGCGUGCUCCUUCCACUUAAUCUCGAGUUGGGGGCAAAAGUGUCCUUCCUUUGUGAUGAGGGAUUCCACCUAAAAGGCAGUUCUGCUAGUCAUUGUGUGUUGGCCGGAAUGGAGAGCCUUUGGAAUAGCAGUGUCCCUGUGUGUGAACGGAUUUCUUGUGACCCUCCUCCUGCAAUCAAAAAUGGUCAUACUAGUUAUGUUUCUGUCCCUGUACCUAUUAAUACUGUCGUGAGGUACAGGUGUUUGCCUAACUACCGCCUCAUUGGAGAAAGAAGCCUUGUUUGUAUUAGUAGAGACCAAGUGAAAGGAACCUGGGAUAAAGAUGCUCCUAUAUGUGAAUAUUUCAACAGGUGGUCUACUUGCCCUGAGCCCAUAGUACCAGGGGGAUACAAAAAUAAAGUAUCUAGGCCACCAUACAGACAUGGUGAUUCUGUGACAUUUACCUGUAACACCAACUUCACCAUGAAAGGAAACCAGACCGUUUGGUGCCAAGCAAAUACAAAAUGGGGACCAACACCACUACCAGUCUGUGAGAGGGUAUGUCAGCCACCUCCACAAAUCCUGCAUGGUGAGCACACCCUCAUUGACAAGGCCAGCUUGUCCCCUGGGCAGGAAGUGUUCUACAGUUGUGAGCCUGGCUAUGACCUCAGAGGGCCUGCCACUCUGCUCUGUACACCCCAGGGGGGCUGGAGCCCUGCAGCGCCCAGAUGUGUGGUGAAAUCAUGUGCCGACUUCCUGGACCAACUUCCAAAUGGCCGCGUGCUCCUUCCACUUAAUCUCGAGUUGGGGGCAAAAGUGUCCUUCCUUUGUGAUGAGGGAUUCCACCUAAAAGGCAGUUCUGCUAGUCAUUGUGUCUUGGCCGGAAUGGAGAGCCUUUGGAAUAGCAGUGUCCCUGUGUGUGAACGUAUUUAUUGCAGGCCUCCCCCAGCCAUCGCCCACGGAGAUUUCUCCAGCAGCAGCAGAGAGUCUUUCCCAUACGGAACGGUGGUGACCUAUCACUGCAGGCAAGCAAGGGGAAGAGAAAAGUUUGUCCUCGUGGGUGAGGAGUCAAUACAUUGCACCAGCAAAGACAAUCAUUUUGGCACCUGGAGCGGCCCUCCACCUCAGUGCCUCAUACCUAAUACAUGCACCCCUCCAGACAUUGAAAAUGGAAUAAGGGUGUCCGAGAACAGAAGCUUCUUCCCCUUGAAUGAGAUCGUGAGGUUGAGGUGUGAGCCUGGCUUUGUCAUGAGAGGACCCUCCAGCGUGCGAUGCCAGGCCCAAAACAGAUGGGAGCCGGAGUUGCCCAGCUGCUUCCGGGUAUGUCAGCCACCUCCACAAAUCCUGCAUGGUGAGCACACCCUCAUUGACAAGGCCAGCUUGUCCCCUGGGCAGGAAGUGUUCUACAGUUGUGAGCCUGGCUAUGACCUCAGAGGGGCUGCAUCUCUGCUCUGUACACCCCAGGGGGACUGGAGCCCUGCAGCACCCAGAUGUGUGGUGAAAUCAUGUGCCGACUUCCUGGACCAACUUCCAAAUGGCCGCGUGCUCCUUCCACUUAAUCUCGAGUUGGGGGCAAAAGUGUCCUUCCUUUGUGAUGAGGGAUUCCACCUAAAAGGCAGUUCUGCUAGUCAUUGUGUGUUGGCCGGAAUGGAGAGCCUUUGGAAUAGCAGUGUCCCUGUGUGUGAACAAAUUUUUUGCCCACCACCUCCUUCUAUUCUCAAUGGAAGACAUACAGGCAACCCUUCAAUGAACGUUCCAUAUGGGAGCACAGUCACUUACACCUGUGACCCGGGCCCAGAGGAAGGAGUGGACUUCAUCCUGACUGGGGAGAGCACGAUCCGUUGUACCAAUGAUAGUCAGAAGACUGGGACCUGGAGUGGCCCUGCCCCAAGCUGCAAACUUUCUAUUUCUGGGAUUCAGUGUCCACCUCCCCAGAUCCUUAGAGGCCAAAUACUGUCUGGGCAGAAAGAUCAAUAUUCAUAUAACAACACUGUGGUAUUUGCUUGCUCAUUUGGCUUCACCUUGAAAGGUAGGAAGGAAAUACGAUGUAAUGGCCAAGGCAUCUGGGAGCCAUCCCCACCAGUCUGUGAAAAGGAGUGCCAGGCUCCUCCUAAAAUCCUCAAUGGGCACAAGGAAGAUAGACACAGAAUCCUCCUCAAACCUGGAACAUCUAUAAAAUAUAGAUGUGACCCUGGCUAUGUGCUGGUGGGAGAAGAAUCCAUACAUUGUACCUCUGUGGGGGUGUGGACACCCACUGCCCCCAAGUGCAAAGUGGCAGAGUGUGAACCUAUAGGAAAACAUCUCUAUAGAAAACCCCCUCAAUUUAUUAGACCAUAUGUUAACUCUUCUUGCAAUGAAGGGUACUGGUUAGGUAAGAGUGUUUAUCAGCUUUGUCAAGGCAUGAUUCCUUGGUUUAUGGAGAUUCGUCUUUGUAAAGAAAUCACCUGUCCACCGCCCCCUGUUAUCUACAAUGGGAGACACACAGGCAGUUCCUCAGAAGACAUGCUGUAUGGAACCAUAGUCACUUAUACGUGUAACCCUGAGCCUGAGAAAGGAGUGGAAUUCAGCCUCAUCGGGGAAAACACCAUCCACUGUAUAAGCAACAGUGAAGAGAGAGGCAUCUGGAGUGGCCCUGCUCCUCUUUGUAAACUUUCCCUCCCUGCUGUUUGGUGCUCAUAUGCCAGCAUUGCAAAUGGACACAAGAUAUCUGGCAAGAAAGCCCCAUAUUUCUACAAUGACAGUGUGACAUUCAAGUGUGAUGAUGGAUUUACUUUGAAGGGCAGCAGUCAGAUUCAUUGCAAAGCCAAUAACACCUGGGAUACUGAAAUACCCAUGUGUGAAAAAGACUGCCAGCCACCUUCUGGGCUCCUCCAUGGUCAGCACACAGGUGGAAACGGGGUCCUCUUUGUCUCUGGGAUGACUGUAGACUACACCUGUGACCCUGGCUACUUGCUUGUGGGCAACAAAUCCAUUCAGUGUAUGUCUUCAGGAAAUUGGAGUCCUUCUGCCCCUCGGUGUGAAGAGGCACCAUGUCAGCCUGUGGGUGAAGAUGUUCAAGAGCUUCCAGGUGAUUUCCCUGUGAUUCCAGUUAAUACAUCCUGUCAUGACGGGUACCAGCUGACUGGACAUUCUUAUCGGAAGUGUCAAGAUGGUGAGAAUGGGGUUUGGUUCCAAAAGAUUCCACGCUGUAAAGCUAUUCACUGCCCACCUCCACCAGAGACUGACAAUGGGAGGCACACGGGUGUGAUGGCAGAACACUUUCUGUAUGGAACUGAAAUUUCUUAUGAAUGUGACAAAGGAUUCUCUCUUCUGGGAGAGAAAACUAUACGAUGCAUAAGUGAUUCUAAAGGACAUGGAUCUUGGAAUAGACCACCCCCACAGUGCUUAAAACCUCAUCCUGUGACCCAUUGCUCUAACCCAGAAGUCAAACAUGGAUACAAGCUUAAUAAAACUCAUUCAUCAUAUUCCCACAAUGACAUUGUAUAUGUUGCCUGCAACCCCGGCUUCAUCAUGAAUGGCAGUGAGCUGAUUAGGUGUCAUACCAAUAACAAAUGGGUGCCAGGUGUACCAACUUGUAUCAAAAUGGCCCUCAUAGGAUGUCAACCUCCAUUUAAGAUCCCCAAUGGGAAUCACACUGGUGGUGAUACAGCUCGAUUUUAUGCUGGAAUGUCAGUCCUGUACAGCUGUGACGAAGGCUACCUGCUGGUGGGAGACACACGCCUUUAUUGCACACGUGAGGGAACCUGGAGUCACCCUGCCCCUUUUUGUAAAGGGGUAAACUGUAGCUUCCCAGAGUAUAUGAAUGGAAUGUAGAAGGGGCUGGAGUCUGGGAAAAAGUAUCAGUAUGGUGCAAUUGUUACUUUGGAGUGUGAAGAAGGAUAUACCCUGGAAGGCAGUCCCCAGAGCCAGUGCCAGGAGGAUCAUGGAGGGAACCCUCCCCUGGCUGUUUGCAGAUCACAAGGUAAGUACAAGGGACUUUGCUGGCAUUUGUCUCACUGGAGGGAAGUGACUGAGGGAUACCCCUCAAUGUUAGGGACGCCUGGGUUUUAAGUUGAACUAGGCCUGUAACUGGUGGUACACUAACAGACAAAUUUUUAGUUGGUUGUGUAUUCUAGAAAAAGCAAAGCUUUCUGAGGAUGAGGGAAGUAAAGAGAGAAAGAGAAACACUUACUUAAAAGGUACAAAACUCAUGACCUUACAUUUUGUAAGGGGCUGCUGCUAAGACUUCCCUUGUUGCUGAAUCUUGAUUUAUAAGGGCUUACCAAUUUGACAGGGACCUCAAAAAAUAUGUUAACAAACCAGUCAUAGCAGUUAAUAAUUGCAUUCCAACCUGAGAAAUCCCUUGACUAUAUUGUUUUUUUAGUUAGUGAACUACCCCAACUUACCUAAUUAAAAUGUGAAAACUCAACAAGUUCAAUGAGUUGCAAUAUAAGAAAUGAGGAAAGCGUAGGUAAACCUAAGGUUC